GUUCGGCGCCACCGUCUACGUGCUCACCCGCCCCCGCCCCGUGUACCUCGUGGACUUCGCCUGCUACAAGCCGCCCGCGCACCUCCAGGUCCGGUUCGAGGAAUUCAUGCGCCACUCCAAGCUCUGCGGCUUCUCCGACGACGCGCUGGAGUUUCAGCGCAAGAUCCUGGAGCGGUCCGGGCUCAGCGAGGAGACGUACGUCCCCGAGGCCAUGCACGCGCUCCCGCCCCAGCCCACGAUGGCCAACGCCCGCGCCGAGGCCGAGACCGUCAUGUUCGGCGCGCUCGACAGCCUGUUCAGGUCCACGGGCGUCAGGCCCAAGGACGUGGGCGUGCUCGUGGUGAACUGCAGCCUCUUCAACCCGACGCCGUCGCUGUCGGCCAUGAUCGUGAACAAGUACAAGCUCCGCGGGAACGUCCGCAGCUUCAACCUGGGCGGGAUGGGCUGCAGCGCCGGCGUCAUCGCCGUGGACCUGGCCCGCGACAUGCUGCAGGUGCACCGCGGCACCUACGCCGUGGUGGUGAGCACGGAGAACAUCACCCAGAACUGGUACUUCGGGAACCGCAAGUCGAUGCUGAUCCCCAACUGCCUGUUCCGCGUGGGCGGCGCGGCGGUGCUGCUGUCGAACCGCGGCGGCGACCGGCGGCGCGCCAAGUACGUCCUGAGGCACGUGGUGCGCACGCACAAGGGCGCGGACGACAGGGCCUUCAACUGCGUGUACCAGGAGCAGGACGGCGAGGGCAAGACCGGCGUGUCGCUGUCCAAGGACCUGAUGGCCAUCGCGGGCGGCGCGCUGAAGACCAACAUCACGACGCUGGGCCCGCUGGUGCUGCCCGUGAGCGAGCAGCUGCUCUUCUUCGCGACGCUGGUGGCCAAGAAGCUGCUGGUGAGCGCCAAGACGAAGCCCUACAUCCCGGACUUCAAGCUGGCGUUCGAGCACUUCUGCAUCCACGCGGGCGGGCGCGCCGUGAUCGACGAGCUGGAGAAGAACCUGCAGCUGAGCCCCGCGCACGUGGAGGCGUCCCGGAUGACGCUCCACCGGUUCGGCAACACCUCCAGCAGCUCCAUCUGGUACGAGCUCGCCUACAUGGAGGCCAAGGGCCGCGUCCGCCGCGGCCACCGCGUCUGGCAGAUCGCCUUCGGCAGCGGGUUCAAGUGCAACAGCGCCGUGUGGCACGCCCUGCGCAACGUCAAGCCGUCGCCCGACAGCCCCUGGGAGGACUGCAUUGACCGCUACCCGGUGGAGCUCGUCGACGGCUUCCCCGCACACCAAUAGUACUAGUAUCCGUUCUCUUCUCAAUCCCACCCACCCACCCACCCCGGCUCCCCUCCCCUCCACACAUCCAUCGACAAAGAGAUCUUAGCCUCAAAUCCCCUAAUCUGGCUGGCUGGCUGGCAUGGCAAGGAGGGUGCUUUCCCUGGACAAGUGUUCGGCGGCAGCAUCGGGUCUUUGGUGUGUACUUGAUGGAUCAUCCCCCAGCUUGUGUCCAAGCGAGGGCGAGCAUGGUCCCCCUCCCCCAGCUUGUGUGGCUGCACCUGCACCUGAACCUGCGGUAAGCUUGAGUACGUACUGCUGAUGAUUGUUGUAUGUGCAUCUGUCUGUUCAGCCAUCGCUGCCAGCCAGUGUCAUUUACCGAUAUUAGCUAGCUAGUGGUCCAGUAUCCAGAUCACAGAGGAAAGUGCCGUUCCUUCCGUUUCUACCAAAGAAGGUCAUGUUGGUGACGAGGAAAUCCUGAGUGUCUUGAGUGUGCCCAUGGACCAUGGACACUCUGUUUGCCGUGUUCGAUUGGAAAUCUCGCUCUUGCUUGUUUAACUGUACAUGGAUCACUGGUCUGCCAUUGAUGAGGCGAUGUAUGAUUUAUAUCCGUUGUUUUCCCUUCAUC